AUGUGGUGUCGAAGUUUCCUGCAGCAGACGGUCAGACAUGUUUCCAGCAGGCAGGCGGGCGUCAUAUUCGAUGUGGAUGGCGUCCUGGUGCGUGGGUCCGCCGUGAUCCCAGCUGCUCGGCGAGCUUUCAGGAAGCUCCUGGACAGAAACAACAACUUCCUAUUUCCCACUGUCUUCGUCACCAAUGCAGGAAGCUGCCAGAGACACCACAAAGCCCAGCAGCUGUCUCACCUGCUGGACGUCCAGAUCACGCCGGAGCAGGUGGUCCUUUCCCACAGUCCUUUGCAGAUGAUGAAGAGUUUCCACAAUAAAUGCGUCCUGGUGUCUGGACAGGGGCCGGUGACACACAUCGCCAACACUUUGGGUUUUCAGAGGGUCAUGACCAUGGAGCAGCUCUCAGAACACCACCCCCUGCUGGACAUGGUGGACCACAGCAGGAAUCCCACACUUCCUUCAUCUCCACCACAGAGUCUCCCCCAGAUACAAGCGAUCAUCCUGUUUGGGGAGCCAGUCAGAUGGGAGACCAAUUUGCAGCUGCUGAUUGACGUGCUUCUGACCAAUGGCAGGCCAGAGUGUGGGUAUGACACCCAGCUUUCAGCACAGCUGCCAGUCUUAGCCUGCAACACGGACUUGCUGUGGAUGGCCGAGGCCCCAUCACCACGGUUUGGCCAUGGGAUGUUCUUACUGUGUCUGGAGUCAGUCUACAGGAAGCUGACGGGCCGGGAGCUGGAGUACAAGGCACUGCUGGGAAAACCCAGUCUGGUCACCUACCAGUAUGCUGAGCAGGUGUUACGACAGCAGAACUGCAACCGCAGGCUGAACACCAUCUAUGCCGUGGGUGACAACCUAAUGACGGACAUCUAUGGUGCUAACUUGUACAACCGUUACCUGGCUCAGCGGCAUGCUGCUGUGACAACCACCACCAGGCUGGUUGCCCGGGGAAUGGGAAGUGAGGUGAUGGCAGAGGAGGAGCCGAUGUCUGCAAUUCAGUGCCACUCUAUCCUGGUGUGCACAGGUGUCUACAAUCCCCGUUUCCCACUGCCUAGUGACCAGAAUAGCAGCAUCAUGGAGACGGUGUUUCACGGUCACAGAGACCUGGUACCGGAGCCUGACCUGAUGGAGCCGAGUCACAUGGUGGAGGACGUGGAGGCUGCUGUGGACCUGCUGCUGCAGCAGGAGGGCUCUGACCUCUGACCUUCACAACGAGAAACCUGCACCUGGUUCUCAUCAACAUACUCCUCUGCCUUUAAUCAGAGCUGGUGCUAAAUUAGAUUGCCUGGAGGGACACACUCUCUCCUACUCUGAUUGGUUGUUUUGCUGUCAGGUGAUGCUCUGACUUUGGAAAAAGUCCUGCAGCAGCUGAUCAUCAGUGUGUUGAAUAAAGUUUAGAAAUCUUUGAA